AUGUCAUCGUCAUCAGUUUCUGACGGAAUUCUCAAAUUUACCACACAAUAUUCGCUUUAUACUGGCUGUAUGAUAUUUAGUUUUGGAGUUAUUGGUAAUGUGUUGAAUCUUCUUGUUUUUACUCAAUUGAAACUAUUUCGAACUAAUCGAUGCGCCUUCUAUAUUACUAUUGAAUCAAUUUUUAACUUAAUCUAUCAAUUUUUAUCUAUUACUUUAACUAUUUUAACAACAAUAUAUGGAGAUGAUGCAACAGGACGUUCUUCAAUUUGGUGUAAAUUAAGAUAUAUAUUGGGACAAAUAACUGUGUUCACUACUUUUUAUAUGAUAUGUUUUUCUUCUGUUGAUCAAUUCUUUUCAACAAAUUAUCGUUACAAUUUACGACAAAUGUGUACAUUGAAAAUAGGUCGAUAUGCUUCGUUUAUAUGCAUUUGUUUUGCGAUCAUUCAUAGCAUUGCACUUGGCUCUUCUUACGAUGUUCAAGCAACAUUAGGGUGUGUCAUAUCGAAUUAUGUAUGGGUGAAGUAUUCAACAUUUUUCUUUUAUCCAAUAUUAAUAGGUUUUCUGCCUAUUGUAAUUGCAUCAUCAUUUAGUGCCUUAGCUUAUCAUAAUGUUCGUCAUAUAGUUCGCCGACAAUUACCGAUUGUUCGUCGUAGAAACACAUCAGAACAACAACAACCGCUAAUUAAUUCAACAACAACAGCAACAUGUAAUUAUACUACAUGUAAUUCUCAAGGAAUAUCAUGUUCAUCGAAUCUUGAUUGCGAUUGUUUUUCAUUAACAUCCAAUUCGAAUAUAGGAAUAUGUGCUUCAACUAUUUUCUCCUGUGCAAGUGUUGUACGAUGUAAUAUGGAUAAUGUAACUUGUUCAAUCGCGAGUACAAUCUGUGUGAAUAGUACACGAUGUGGUCAACCAAUAUGUUAUCCAUUACCCAUGGCAAAUAAACAAAUUUGUCCACCAAAGAAUAUUACAAUUACAACAACAACUCAAAAGACGACGAAUACUACUAAAAUAUCGACAACAACAACAGUUCAUUCCGGCACGGCAACUAAUCAAUCUGGUACAGCCGCUAGAUGGUUUUCUACGGGCAAUAUGACUAAUGCACGGUAUUCUCACACAGCAUCUGUACUAUCAAAUGGGAAAGUAUUAGUUACUGGUGGAUACGAUGGUUUAAGUUAUUUAAAUAGUGCUGAAAUAUAUGAUCCAUCAACAGGUACUUGGAUGGCUACUGGUAAUAUGACUAAUGCACGAUAUUUGCACACAGCAUCCGUAUUAUCAAAUGGAAAAGUAUUAGUUACUGGCGGAUGGAAUCGUGUUAGUGUUUUAUCUAGUGCUGAACUAUAUGAUCCAUCAACAGGCAUUUGGACGACUACUAGUAACAUGAUUUUUCCACGAUCUUGGCACACAGCAUCUGUAUUACCGAAUGGAAAAGUACUAGUUACUGGUGGAUACAAUGGCUUUAGUUUUUUAAAUAAUGCUGAAGUUUAUGAUCCAUCAACAAGUACUUGGACAAUUACUGGUAACAUGACUAAUGCACGAAAUGGUCAUACAGCAUCCGUAUUAUCAAAUGGGAAAGUAUUAGUUACUGGUGGGAAUGGUAACAGUGGUCUUUUAUCUAGUGCUGAAGUGUAUGAUUCAUCAACUGGCAUUUGGACAACUACUAGUAACAUGGUUAAAGCACGAUAUUAUCACACAUCAUCUUUAUUAUCAAAUGGCAAAGUAUUAGUUACUGGUGGAGCUAAUAAUAGCGGUAUUUCAAAUAUUGCUUUGAAUAGUGCUGAAGUGUAUGAUUCAUCAACAGAUACUUGGACAACUACUGGUAAUAUGAUUAAUUCACGAUAUUAUCACACAGCGUCUGUAUUAUCAAAUGGAAAAGUAUUAGUUACUGAUGGAUGGAGUAGUAAUAUUUUAAAUAGUACUGAAGUGUAUGAUCCAUCAACAAGUACUUGGGCAACUACUGGUAUUAUGAUUAAUGCACGAGAAUGGCACACAGCAUCUGUAUUAUCAAAUGGAAAAGUACUAGUUACUGGUGGAUGGAAUGGUAAUAGUGAGGCUUUUAAUAGUGCAGAAUUAUAUUAA